CGCGGCCUAGCAUUUAUCUGUCAAAACUGGUGACGGCCGGCCGACCGGCGAUGAGCCGACACACGCGCGCCUCUUGAUACUUUCGCGCGACGAUUUUAGGUUAUCGUUUCGAUCGCUUUAACGAAAAUACUCGUCGUGUGUACGUUUAACACGUUCAGCGGUUACAUUUACCGAGCGGCAUAAACGCAUCGACCCCGUUAAAGUGUCUACGAAACAACCCGCCUACAUUAUUAUGUGAUGAUCGUGAACUGUAAACAAACGGGACAAAGAAAGAGAGAGAGACAGUGAGAGAACGAUGAGAGAAGAAGGAAGGAACAAAAGGAAAAUGCAAAACAUUCGAGCCGAUGCAUUCUGCUAUCUCAUCGUGGCAAUGCUUUUUCUGGCGCCAUUCGGUUACGCAGAUUCUUCGUCGGAGAACAGGACGAGCGGGAUGAGACGAUGCGACACGCAAAAGGCAUUGGAUCAAUGCGGUCCGAACGAAAGAUGCGUUCAAAAUUCGAAGGACGAGGAAGCGCAGUGCAUGUGCCAGAUUGGUUUUGAACUGGAGAACGGCCAGUGUAUACACCUUGCCACUACCACGAUGGUUAGCAUCACUACCGUUCAAUCGGACGUCAAAGUGGACUCAGGAGGUAGUUCUGUAGCUGCUGGUUUGUUAAUACCAACCUUCCUCGUAGUAAUCGGCGUGCUGCUGUACCUCGGCGCGAGACGAUACAAGUGGCUGCAACGAUUUCGGCUCUUCCGCCCGAAUCGUUACGGUAAUGUGCUAGUCACGAGAGACGACGAUGACGAUGACGACCCGCCGAUAGCGUGAGGAAACACGUAACCGUAAUUAACGCGCGUGCCGUGUACCCGAGAGUGGAUUUUAAUCGAGAGCACGAACUUUAGCGCGAGUGACACACUUUCGUUACACGAUUCGCGAUUUAAAGCGACAAGCUUUGAGUUACCGUUGCCUUUCAGUUCUGAAAUAAAAAUCUCCUCGCUUUUCCCAUUCUGUUUGUUCCUCGUUCACUUAGACGAUUCUUGCACAGGCAAUCCAUUCGCUCGAACGUUCAAAUUUUCCUCACGAAAGUCCUCUCGAAGCUUGUUACGCUUAGGGAACAAUGUAAUGUGUAACUAUGUGUGUGUACAUAUCAAGGGAAAGUUUAGGUACAUGGUACAUGUACGAGGGGAACAUCGUCGAACUGAAUUAAGAGGCUAAACAUGUAGCAACGUCCGUUGGAGUGGACGCGUUUUACGCUGGUAAUCGAACGUCUUUCAGAUCGUAUGAUCGAUGAUCUUUUCUUUCAAUCGACAGUCGUACCAGGGUAAACGCUGCUACUCGCACGAUCGUUCAUUGCGUGUUUCUAUACACGAUGGUUGUAAUGGAUACGGGAUAAGUGACUGCGUUUUCGAUAGAUUUUAAGAGCAUACUGAAAGCAUAAUUUUUUACGAUGUUAUUAAAGUAAGAGCAGGUCAGUGAAGUUUACACGUUCUUGAUAUAUUGUAUAAAGACGGUGAUUAAACGAUUCGAUUUUCACUCGAUGUCAAAUUUAGGAUGUUAUUAGGUAAUCUGAUUCGAAUUGGCCCGCUGAAUGACGAGCGAGAUCAUGAUUAUCCGCUAAAUCUUGUAUUUUUUUACAUGCACCACGAACCACCGUUACUGCUUAAGUAUACGAAAUUUUGUAUAAAUUGAUAAGGGCUUCUGGAGUAUUCGGUCGUAUCGUGUAUAGAUAAAGUUUUAUCGUUUUCUCUGAAUGUCUUGUUCUUUCGAGGAUAACUCUACGAACGAAUAAUAUCGACGACGUUUGAUUUCACUUUACCAAAGAAUAAAGGUUCCACGAUCUAAAUUAGUACAUAACUUUCGGUCGUACAUAGUGUCUGGCAAAGAAUUCGUGGCAGGGAUCUUCUUCCUACGAGCCACCAACUAUACAUUCCUCCAGUAUUUCCGUACCGUUAUUGUUCUGUAAUUAAUGCAAUUGAACGAAUUCGACUCGAUGAAAAGGAAAGUGCGCGAACCAGAGUUGACGAUUCCGAGUUAACUUUUAAACUGCAAGACGUUUAGGAGCUACUGCACUUAUACCAAAACAAUCAUUACGGUUUUUACUUUGCUCGAUAUCGUUUGUGUAAUAUAACAAAAUUUGUAAAUAUAAUAACUUCCCGCUGUUCCGCGGGUGCGUAUUCUUGCCAGCCAACAGUCUUUUUUUCUUUCUAUAUAGCGUAUAAUUUUAAUCGUGAUUCCGACAAAAAUUGCAUUGUCUAUAAAUAUAUAUAUAUAUAUAAAUAUAUAAAUAUUCCUAUAAUAAAGAAAGAAGAAGAGGAGCCUUCGCUCGCGAAAGAUUAAGGCGUACAUUUGCAAGAUUUAUAUACAGGGUGUUCGGCUAGGGGUGGCAUCCUUUGUGGAAGUGGUAGCUGAGGUGAUUCUGAACAACUUUUUCUAUUAACGAGUAUUUUGUUCAGAAUCACCCCAGCUGCCACCCCCUCAAAGAAUACCCACCCCUAGCCGAACAUCCUGUACGUAUUUAACCUAUUCUUGUACUCUAUCAUUUUUGUACAGAAGUAUGCACGAGAAGCAAAUCGUAAUAAUCAGACGGUGCUUGAGAUUUCAUAUUUUUAUAGUUCGCGAGUGCAAAUUGAAACUGGUCGCUACUGUUACCAGCGAAUUAUUGUUUCCGACAACGUAUCGCCGAAAUUUCUCUAACAUUUUGCAAUGUUAACAUAGCCUUUCAUUUGUUACUACGGACCCAUCGCUUUCUAUGCAAUGCAAUUUGACAAUUUGACUAAACGUAAUCAUCAUUGCCCCCCCUUUUUUUCUGUGAUGAAUUUCGAGUUAUCUUUGACGGGAUAUUUGCUAUCGAGUUAGUCGCAUUUCUCUGGCACAAUUUGUUAACAGUGAUAUUUACUCGAUUCGUAGUGCUAACGACUUUUUACUACUUGACAACGAAACAUCACUUUCGAACCGUAGCGUUCGUCGUUGUGUUCUUCGAGUCUAUUAAUUAAGAAAUUCAUUUUCUUCGACAUUUUCGAAUAUGCGUACGAAACGAAUCAUUCGAAUUGAGGUCAGCGUUGACUGCAACGAUGAAUUUUGUAAAUAUUUCAGUAUCGAUAAAUAUGGAAUAGAGAAUAAAGAAAAUAACAGCGAA